AUGAACUGUAUAAGCUAUCCCCGCUAUCUCUAAAGGUCUGCACUCUGCAGAGACAAUGGAAAAAUCUCAAGAGAUUCUACUCAACUCCAUCGCCAACUCAGGGGUGACGAUACCUCCCGGCAUCUCAUCGGUCAAAGAUCUCACGCCGGAAACAUUAUUCUUUAUCUCCUCCCAGUCAUUGCACCUCAUUGACCAAAAUUCAUCCUUUACCUCUUCCUUGCCGGAGAACUCAGUGUCCGACCGCUUAAAGCUCUGCUCCGACCUUGCCUCCGCCUUCAAAACCCUAGGUUUCGUCGGUGACAUCAGCUUCCACAAGUUUCUUUAUCCAUCGGAAGAGGACUUGUACGAGUUGGUCCGAUUCUUGGUUGGGAGGCUAUCUGAUGUUGAAGCUCAAAAAGAUGCAGUUUUUGAAUCUAAAAGACCCCUUAAGACUCCAGAAGAAAAUGUUGAUGAUACAGGACCACUGCCACAUAAGGAGCUUUUGGGAAGAGUGGGUGAUCCAUUGAUGAUGAUACAAACACCAGAGUCGUCACAGCGAUCUUAUCUUAUCCCGAAUAAGAUGGAUGAAUUUUAUAAUGGUGUUCAUAUACCUAGAGAAGGUAGAGUUGACUCCAGCAAGGAGAUAUCAGGCAGUGAACAAAACGUCCUGGAUUUGGUGGAAGGCGUGAGGAGUUCUUUGAGGGAAAAUGAACAUGAUUCUGAAUAUGGACAGCAAUCAACUUCUCCGUGCGUGAAUUUGCCUCAGAUGAACUGCAAAACAGAAACUUUACAAGACCAAAAGGAAAUGCUCGUGGAGAAGUCAGUCUCAGGGUCUGCCGAAUUACAAAAACUACAAGAAAAGCUUGGUUUGUUGAGAGCAGCAGUUGAUAUGGGUUCUAAUGAAAGUCGUCCCACUGGCUUUUAUGUGAAUCAACUAAACGAUCCGGUGGAACUGAAAAUGGGCAAAAUUGUCGAAAUGGAGAGCCACUGGAAUGAUAAGAGAGUGGCCCUUGAGCAGGAAAAGAGUUAUCUUGAGGAAACGUUAAAAGCAACAGAGCCAGAGAGCUAUUUAAAAUAUAAAAAGUUGGAAGAGAUUGAGUUGGAGCUGGAGUUUAUAUUAGCUGAAAAGGAAAAAAGAGAGGAGGAACUUAUUAUACUCUCAGCAAAGGCCGAGAAGCGGCCCGAAUUGGAACCUAGGAGUACCUACAUUCAGCGUAUUGAAGAGAUCACAAAAAACAGCCAGAAGCAGGAUGCUGACAUAGAAAGAAUCUUAAAAGAAACAAGGGAGCUUCAGUUGGAGAGCAACUCUAUCCAAGAACGGCUUAAUCGAACUCAUGCAGUGGUGGAUGAGAUGGUGUUCAGGGAGGCAAAAAAGGACCAGGUAGGACGGCAAGCUUACAGGAUACUUACUAGCAUCCAUGACAGCUUUGAACAAAUAGCCGAAAAUCUUCUUGCAACGGAUAGAGCCCGAAGAGAAGUGGCUGAUUAUGAAGGCAAGCUUGCAACUAUGGCGUCUCGGACCGUUGAUAUUGACAAGCUGAAAGCAGACCUUGAUACCAUCAGGAGGGAAAAUGAUCUUCUUGAAGCACGUCUGUCCGAGAAUUUGUCCAAAGACUCGUCACAAAGUGUAGGGUAGAACGGCCGAAGUUGAUUGAUUCUUUAAGAUGAAAAGCUUGAAUGUUGGGAACUCUUUUGCUGCAUUUUUUGAACUGUGACACCACACACACAGUGAGUGAGUGAUGAUAAUAAGGCUCCCCAUUUGACGAUAUUGAGACUUGCUCUGCAUGUUCUCACCCGAGUAACUAUAGUUGACGUUGCCUGUAAUCAUGAGCCUUGAAGCAAACGUGAGGUUGCUUCCACAUUCUGAAAUGUGGGGGUCUGCUCUUCUUUAUUUUUCCUUCAAAUAAUGAGAAGCCUGACUAAGGUUUUACCAUUUUAAA